ACCUCACCUGGACUGGUUCUACCUGAAUCUAUUGUGACCUCAUCUGGACUGGUUCUACCUGAAUCUAUAGUGACCUCAUCUGGACUGGUUCUACCUGAAUCUAUGGUGACCUCAUCUGGGGUGGUUCUACCUGAAUCUAUAGUGACCUGGGGUGGUUCUACCUGAACUUAUAGUGACCUGGGGUGGUUCUACCUGAAUCUAUAGUGACCUCACCUGGACUGGUUCUACCUGAAUCUAUAGUAACCUCACCUGGGGUGGUUCUAUCUGAAUCUGUAGUGACCUCAUCUGGGGUGGUUCUACCU